AUGAGGAAUCGUGCUAUUAAACCCUGUGAUGUGUUCAUUAACCACAGAGGCAUCGACACGAAACGCACCGUAGUUACGUUGCUAUAUGAUCAUCUUUCUCGGUUAAACCUACGUCCAUUCUUGGAUAACAAGAACAUGAAACCAGGAGAUAAGUUGUUUGAGAACAUCAACAGAGCAAUCAAGCAAUGUAAGAUUGGUGUAACUGUGUUCUCUCCUCGUUAUUGUGAGUCGUAUUUUUGCCUUCAUGAGCUAGCUCUCAUAAUGGAGUCCAAGAAAAAGGUGAUUCCUAUCUUCUGUGAUAUUAAACCCUCGCAGCUUCGCAUUGCAAACAAGGGAGUGUGUUCUGAAGAGGAGAUACAGAAGUUUAAUUGGGCUCUUGAAGAGGCUAAGUACACCGUAGGCCUCACGUUCAACUCCUUAAAAGGGAACUGGUCGGAAGUGAUAACAAGUGCGUCGGAUAUUGUCAUCAAAAGUUUAAUUGAAAUGGAGAAUGAGAAGCAAAAUGCAGAGAUCAGAAAAAUUCCGAUGCCUGCUCAGAACAUCAUAGCCACUCCAACAUACUAA